GUGUGGGGUAUUGCUGGCGGUGCGCAGUGAGGGCUGUGGCUGUGGCGGAGAGAGGUCGCGAUGGGGCUCCGCUCGGGGGUCACCUACACGAGCGGCAUCGUGUGCGUUGCCCUCCUGAUCGUCAGCAUCGCUCUCCUCGUCUCCAACGUCUUCACGGAGCUGAUCAACAGCACCGUCAAGAAGGAGUUUCAGCUGAGAAAUGGUACUGAGGCUUUCAAGGCCUGGAAAAAUCCUCCACCACCGGUUUACAUGCAGUUCUACUUUUUUAAUGUUUCAAAUCCUGCUGAGGUAUUAGCUGGAGGAAAGCCCUUUCUUGAGGAGAGAGGCCCCUACACUUACAGAGAGUACAGACAGAAAGAAGAUGUGACGUUUGCGGAGAAUGGAUCGGCCGUGUCAGCUUUGACCCCAAAGACGUAUGUGUUUGUUCCUGACAUGUCUGUGGGAGAUCCUAAAGUUGAUUUAAUCAGUACUGUGAACAUCCCAGCUGUGACUGUCAUGGAUAUGGCCCAAUAUUCUAAUUUGAUGGUAUUUGCGGUGAAAGCUAUUUUACAUUUUACGGGAGAGGGUCUGUUUACAACUCGAACAGCACAUGAACUGCUUUGGGGUUAUCAAGAUCCACUACUACAAUCGGUUCACAUUUUGAAACCAGAUAUUGAUGGAUCCUUCGGACUGUUCUAUAAGAUGAAUGGUACAGCUGACGGAGAUUAUGUCAUACUGACGGGGGAAGAAAACUACAUGGAUUUUGCUAAAAUUAUUGAGUGGAGUGGUCGCAAGUCAUUAGAUUUGUGGCUGACUGAUCAGUGCAACAUGAUCAAUGGUACCGACGGCACUUCCUUCCAUCCACUAAUGACGAAGAAUGAAACCAUUCAUUUCUUCUCUUCAGAUCUUUGCCGGUCUCUCUAUGCUACUUUUGAAAAGGAGUUGGAUGUCAAAGGGAUACCAGCUUAUCGCUUUGUGCCACCCAGUGAAGUCUUUGCCAAUGAUACCAUCAACCCAGCCAAUGUUGGUUUCUGUAUUCCAUCUGGUCACUGCCUGGGAUCGGGCGUAUUAAACGUCAGCGUAUGUAGAAAAGGUGCUCCUAUUAUCCUUUCUUCUCCACACUUUUACCAGGCAGAUCAGAAAUAUAUUGAUGAUAUUGAGGGAAUGGAUCCAAACAAGGAGAAUCAUGAAACCUUUUUAGACAUUAAUCCUCUUACAGGGAUCCUCCUGAAGGUAGCAAAGAGAUUGCAGAUCAAUGUCUACAUUGAAAAGAUUGAUGUGUUUCAUGAAACUGGAAAUGUUCAGAGUCUUAUCUUCCCUGUGAUGUAUCUCAACGAGAGCGUUUUGAUUGAUGAUUCUUCGGCUUCUAAGUUAAGCAAGGUGCUGUUAGAGACACAAGUGGCAACUGUGAUCCCAUUCAUGAUAAUGGGCCUGGGGAUUCUCCUUGGUUUUAUCUUCAUCAUACUUGUAUGCACUAAUCGCACUGUGGAAAAACCAGCUGGGGUUGAGCCAACAGUGACAGAACGGACCCCUCUACUGAAUCCAUCUUGAAUCUACUUAUCAGCUUCUCUACUACCCUGAUUGAGAACAGCUAUGCAAAUAAUACUGGUUUUAAUAUGUCUUGCAAGAUUUGUUCGGCACAAUCUAUUCACUAACAUUGGUAAUAUUGUUGUGUACAUCACCUAGGAAUCAAUAAUACCUCCCAAAGUUGAGUAGAUCUAGUACUCCCAAUUUCUGGUUGCAGGAUAUGUAAUAUUUGCAAUGUCUGUGGGGACAGAAUACAUUUUCUAGAGAGGCUUGGCUAAUAUUGACCAUAAAUAAGUUUAGUUAUCCUAGUGGGCAUUAGCAAACCUGUGCAUGGCUCUCCGUGUGAACUUAUACAUCUUUUAAUUUAUUGCAAUUAAAGAUGCACAACUGAAUAGUGAGGUGCAAAUUCAAUUCUGACAGUACAGAAGGUUGGGUAGUUGUAUAUGUCUUCUCACUUUUAUAAGUGUGACAUCCUCCCCAAUAUUUAUGUUCCCUUGCUCUAAAAUUUGUGGAAAUGUGUAGGUUUACAUAGAACUAUCAAGCAAUGUAAUUUAGCAGAAGGAAACUGAGCUACUUAAUUACCAGUUAUGCAACCCAUCCAAUCUUUCUCCCGCAUGUACAUGCAAAUGGAAAACCAAUUUUGUGUAUACAUUUUGGGAGAAAGAGGAAUGUGGUUGAAAUUUGGAUGAAGCACCCCAAUAUAAUAGACCACCCCACUCUGGGCAUUACUCAGAUUGGCACAGAAGCUAAUCGGGCCUAUUCUAUCGUACACUAAAUUUUUAUGACUUGAUUCCAGCCUUAUUUAGCUGCGCUUUUUUAAUUGGCAUUGUUAUAAAUUUAAUAUUUUAAAAACUGCCCAAACCACAAAAGUAAGGUACUAGUUUGGAUCUACACACUCGCUGUAUGUUAAGUGGAUGCAGAAAUUGAACUAAUUGGCAAGUUAGUAUCUAAAUUCACUUUUGUGGGGGCAGCCCCCGAUAGUGUAGUGGAUACAGUUGCAGUUUUUGGAAUUUGCUCGUUCAAAUUCCAAUCUUUGCUGUUUACUUGUCUCAACCAGGUUUACAUGGGAAGGCUAGAUUGCUCCUGGCCUUCCCAGGGUUAGGGAAGGGGAAAAACAUGCCAUGGCUCCUGGUCCUCUGUUACUGUAUUUGUGUGUGUGUGUGCAACGCAGCCAGGUAUGGUUCAGAGCGGUCGGUCAAGCUUAGCCGUGAUGCCCUAUACAAGUCAGCGGCCUGCUAACAAUCAAGGCUAAGGCUCACCCAUGAAUUGGGCAGGCAAUAGAGCAACAGGCGUCUAUGGAAUAGCACUCCAGCAAGAGGGCAGACCAGGAGCAGUGAGGUAGGUGCAUGCUAUAAAGGAAUGUUACCUUUAUUUUAAAAAACAUAAUUUAGAACAAUUGCACUGAAAACGAUGGCAGAAUUCUGCCCAUACGUAGUAGCACAUCAGCACCUUGCACUUGCAGAAAAGGGAAAAUUGGGGGUGGUAUCUUAUUGUAUAUUAUAUCAUUACUCAACCAAUACCAGUACACACCCAUCAUAUGUGUGCUUUAAACUUUGCACUUAAAACCUGUUGAAUCCCAGCACUUGUACUUUAGCUCCAUAUAUCAUCGUUUCAAAUCCUGUUUUAAGGUCAAAGAUGUGGAAUUGAACGCAGUACCAUCCAAAAUACGACCACGUUUUCGGACCCCAGCCUCAUUGGGAACUUUUACUUUCCUUUGCCUUGUAUGCAGUGUUGUUCAUAAAUGGUAAUGGGAAGUGCACUCAUGUACAGUAAGAAAAGUUGUUUAAUGAGUUUUAUAAAAAAAAUUUAAAUGUUUGUAGUGCGGGAAAUGAACUUCAGUAUGAAAUUGCUGCAGUAGUUUGUUACCAAAAAAUGUUUGUGUCCCAACUUCAAUAUUCCUACAAAAUACUAAUAAAACAUACUUAAAAUC